GGAGCACAAAACAUCGUGAUCCCGCGAUCCAAUCCGUCCAAUAUGCAAUCAGCAUCCGGGAAGGCAUUAGCUAAGAACUCAGACUUAUACUGGGCGCGCGUAGAUGCAUCAACGUCUUGCUUUGAAGAUGAGUCUGCGUGCUCGAACCCUAUAGAAAUUCUCGACGUGCCAAUACAGCAACCCCAUUUUACAGCUCAGGAUCACCAGCAGGCUGAAGCGCCGCGGCGGCUUUCAGCCUUGAGUGCUCUGCGGGGACAUCUUGGCGACCCGACAAAGUGGGCCUGGAAGUAUCGAUUAAUAUCGAUUUGUCAAAGGAACUCUUGGUCAAAACUGCAUAUAUCCAAGCAAAUGCUGAGGAGGGUAGUAGAACACCAUCGAGUGGAUCCUGCGUUCCUGGAGGUUCCUCUCUCUUUUUUCGACCGCUCAACAGAUGAAGAGCUAUCUUAUACCGUGCCAUGGACGUUGCAAGAAGAUGUAGACAGUUUCGAAGUUUUCUACACAUUUCGUCACGCUGAAUACAAGGGUCAUCCUAAUGAGCCUUAUGUCAUUCGCCAAACUGGCGUUUACCAGAAAUACAACAUGAAGGAGAAGUCUUCAUUGUGGAUUCUUAUAAAUCCAGUCCCGGAAUCGGCGGCCCAUCGUCGGAUAGUUGACGCAUUUCUCCAUCACCAGGAAGAAAUGGAUCAGAACCCAUUAUGGCUUCAUUACGUUAUACAAGCUUCAUAUUUCCCCCGUUGGCGAGAAUAUCUGGCCAUUUACGAGAAAGCCUUGCUUCCACUAGCCGACACAACAGCAGCAGCGUUCAUUGCCGAGCCAUUACGGGUCAAUCAUGGGACUCUCAGCAGAUUGCGCUCACUGGAAAGUCGCUUCAUGCCAACGUCGGCGAUCUUACAGAGCUUCUCAGACAUCUUAUCGGAACUUGGUGCACUCGCAGAGAGGCUCACGUUACGCGAUCUGAUGGAGGAGAAUGGAAAUAGACUCUUCGUUACCGCCAUCAGCAACUAUCGCAAGCAAGCAUUAAAUUUCAUCCGCACGGCCCAGUUUCUUCAACAACGUAGCAACACCACCGCGAUUCUCGUUUCAGACACUGUCGCGUUUAAGAACCAAGAAGUAUCCCAAGAGCAGAAUAGAAACAUGCUCCUUCUCACCCGUUCGGCAGUUUUCCUUACUGUCCUUACUCUUUUCUACCUUCCGUGGACAUUCAUGAGCGGGUUGUUUGGAAUGAACUUUUUUAUGAUGGAUCAGGAUACGUACAGAUUUGUGACUUCACCAAAAUUGUGGAUCUAUUUUGUCUCGGCUGUAACACUUACUCUCUGUACCAUGAUUUUGUACUAUGUAGUGGCUGGGUUUCCGCAGCUGAACACAGGACGGCCCCGUCUAGCUGGCAACAAGGCGGACAUGGGAAACAAUGGCUUGAAACGCGGUCUUACUGAUCUAGAGAAGAGUGUUCAAGAUGGCAAAAAGUGGUCUUAG